AUGUCUAAUAUUCGCGUAAGUGUCAGAAAUCAAUAUGUUAACCAGUACGGACUGCCAAUUGCAAAUAAAAUACGCCGGUUGGAAGAUCUCAAGACGAAGCGCGCAAGAUUCAUAACAUCCUUGAAUUUCUUGAAGAGAUGCAGAGACAACAGCAUCAUUCCUACGUGUGCCAUAAUUUCACCAAGGAAGGACAUACGAGGAAGCGCUAAGAUCUUAAACCAGGCAAGCAAAAAGUUACUACAGCAGUUAAUACAAAAUACACGAUCCGAUUUGCACCGCGUUAAUCAAGACAUUGAGGCGUCAUCCCAUGAAUUACAGAUAGAUUUAACUACAUUUGAUUUUAAUAAUUGCAUGAAAAUACUAGAUGAGCGCGAAAAAUCUAAGUAUAAUGAAUGCAAAAACAGACAAAUAAUCAAAUUUGAAAAACUAACGUCUAAAUCAAAUGUCCAAAAUAACACACGAAGAGAAAACGGAACGCGCCCGUUACCUGCGAGCCAAUCACGCGCAGUUGUCAAUCUAUCAAAAAAUGUCUUGGAUGAAAAUACGGUUCAAGUGUUAUCGAAAGGCCUAAAUUUUGCUGUAACACCUCGAAAAAUACCGGUAGAAAGCAUUAUAUGCAACGUGGAAGACUGCCUGUUUAAAAAUAAAAUCAAUAAACAUGAUUCGGAGGCGAUACGUCAGGACAUUUCGUCUGUGUUACGUCGCAACAUACUGCCCAAACCGAAUCUAAAUAAAAAUCAAUAUCUAGCGUUAAAAAACCUUCGCGACAGGCCUGAAUUAACAAUUCUACGUGCAGAUAAAGGUAAUGCUACGGUGGUGAUGGAUACGUCAGAUUACAAUGAUAAAAUACAAGACCUUUUAUCGGAUGAAAGUACAUAUAAACAAGUGAAGACCGACCCCACAACAAAAACAUUGAAAUCAACUAGUGAUUUGAUAAAAAAGUACUCCGAAACAUUGAAUCUAGACGUAAAAUACCUAGUUCCUAGCUGCGCAAAACCACCAAAGCUGUAUGGGCUACCGAAGAUACACAAACCUAAUGCUCCGCUACGACCAAUAGUCAGCCAAAUCGACUCACCAACCUACAGAUUGGCUCAACAUCUGGCUAAAGUACUUUCACCAUUGAGAGGAAACACAGCAGCAUAUGUAAAGGACUCGUACCAUUUUGUCAGUGAAAUAAAACACCUACAACUAGCUGACAAUGAAACUAUGGUCAGUUUUGAUGUUCAGUCAUUGUUUACAUGCUUACCUGUUGAAGACUGCAUCAAGAUUGUGUCUAAGAAACUAGCAGAGAAUAACAUGCCUACUGAAUAUGCUGAACUGUUAAAACAUUGCCUAACAUCUGGCUAUUUACUGUGGAAUAAUCACUUCUACACGCAAGUGGAUGGUGUAGCAAUGGGCUCCCCAGUAUCUCCCAUUGUUGCUGAUAUCUUCAUGGAGGAUUUUGAGGAGCGAGCCCUGCAAUCUGCACCUGUAACACCCAAAUUCUACAAGCGGUACGUAGAUGAUACUUUCACAAUACUACCAUCUGACAAAGUCACAGCAUUUUUAAAUCAUCUUAACUCCAUAAACCCCAAAAUUCAAUUCACUAUGGAGUCAGAGGCAAACAACUCCUUAGCUUUCUUAGAUGUUUUGGUUAUCCGUAACCCUAAUAACACCUUGAGUCACACUGUGUAUCGGAAGAAAACCCAUACAGACAAAUACCUUCAUGGUGAGUCCCACCACCACCCAACACAGUUAUCUACCGUUGGUAAAUCAUUGUUUCAGAGAGCACGUGGGAUCUGCGAUGAACAACACCUGGGUGCUGAGCUUCAACAUGUCAAGCAAGUACUGCACGACAACAAGCUCCGAGUACCGCGCCCUCGUCGCAGAACCCGCGUGAAACCAGCCACAGUUGAGCGUCUACCUGCUGUUCUUCCAUACAUAAGAGGAGUCACAGACAAGAUUGGCUACAUCUUGAAGCGAGCUUCAAUCAAAACCUACUUCAAGCCGCUGAAGAAGAUCAGUCAAUUCUUACCACCUGUCAAGUGUCACAUACCUCUACAAGAUGCGGGUGUAUACAAGCUUGAAUGUGAUUGUGGUCUCUCUUACAUAGGCCAAACUAAAAGAAGCAUAGGGACCCGCGUAAAAGAACACAUCGCCGAUGUCAAACACCGCCGUUCCAGACAGUCAGCAGUUUGUGAACACACACUAGACAAGGCCCAGCAUUACAUCAGAUUUGAUAAACCACAAGUCCUUGCAAGAGAAAACCGAUUCCUACCUAGGAUGAUUCGCGAGGCUAUUGAAAUUAAAAAACAUCCAAAUUUCAAUAGAGAAGAUGGCUGGUGCAUACCACCUGCUUGGAAUCCCAUCAUAGAAACUAUUAAAUCAAAAUCCAAGCCUACAACUGCUCGACCUAUGGAUACAGUGAGCUCG